UAAAAACCGCACGGAUAUCAGGAGUUUAGCGGCUGCGUAAAAUGUUCAUGUAACGGACAGAUUUGAGCCCAAACACGCACUUUUACGCAGACAUGGACCACUUGUUGGCAUACUUAGUUCCGUGCGUCCUGCUUUUCUUCAGCGGAACUCGGGGUUCGGAUGCGUCUGGGCAGGAGUUUCUGGAGAAUAUUUUACGCUUUUUCGGUGAAAAUCAAACCAUCUCGACGCAGAAUCUGGAAGAACUGCUGCUGUUGAUUUCAGAGAGAAGAUCCGAGACCGUGACGGAAGGAAACCCACUGGAAAACCAGAAGUGUCCCUCGGCAGAGCAGAUCCUGUCCAUCUUCGACCUCAGUAACGUCAGCGGUCUGACGGUGGGACAUCUGGGGAGGAUCUGUCCGGCCGUGUUGACCCAGGUGCUGCUGCCCUCCUGCCCCUUCACUGCCCCCAAAGCCCUGACGCCUGUCGACUACACUGUGUGGGGUUAUGGGUUCCUGGCGGUCACCGUCAUCAACCUGGCGUCUCUGCUCGGCCUCCUGCUGCUGCCCUUCACUAAGAAGCCCUACUUCCCUAAAGUGUUGACCUACUUCAUCGGCCUGGCCAUUGGGACGCUGUUCUCCAACGCCGUCCUCCAGCUCAUCCAGAGAACCGCAGUGACUUCAGCUAGCGGUGACAUCACGUGCAUGCCCUCUAUUCUGGUUCUGGUUCUGAUUCUGUUUGGCUGUGGUUCUGACUCUGUUUUACCCAUAACUCCACAGGCCCUGGGCUUCGAUCCUAAAGCAGAUAACUAUGUGGCUAAAGCGGGGGAAUAUUCGGAGGCUUUUACGCCCUUUUCUUCGUGGAGAAGAUCCUGA